GUUCUAGCAGGCCCAGUUCAGUUAAGUAGGUGCAGCACACGCCGACGCGGGAGUGGAAGUCGGUUACAAUACAACUCCGGAAUCGACAACAACAGAGGGAGCGUCUCAUGGAGUUGCACAUCCAACCGCCGGGCCCUCCAUCGUGAUCCCAAUGAUGCUCCCACGAAAGCGUGCGAGACCAAACCCCUCCGACGGGGGAGGUAAUGACGCACACAAACCUGCGACCCGGCCGUCACGAGCUGCCGCCCGUGUUGCAUCACUAGAACCGUCCGAAGCUGCGCCCGCCCAGGCAGCACCACCCAGGAGCCGACGUGAUCCCGAUGCAACCACGACUGCCGACUCCGUCGAUACAAAGCAGGUUCGCAAGUCUCCGAGCUGGUAUGGCUCUUGGCCACGAGCGCCCACGCCCAAAUCAUCUGCCUCUACCCAAGUCUCACAUCAGACGAUAAUGGGUGGCACUCUACGACCCGGAGCCGCCGCAGACCUUAGUCGUUACGAGUCCAAGAGGAGCGACAGCCCUGCCGGGGCCGAUGCUCGAUCGAUCCGAACGAUGUCGAAGAUGUCGGAAACGGUUAGGCCGUCCGAACAGCAGGAUAACGAGUCUAGAGGGAGGCUUCGAGAUGAAAAUAAGUCAGGCGAAUCUGAUAGAGAUACCGACCCAAAGGACCAAACCCAAACGGGUCAAAAUGCGACCGCGAGCAGUAACAACGAACCUCCCCCGACGGAAACGCCAAUCCUCCAACCGCAGGCUUCCUCGGGCUGGUUGGGAUGGUUUAGCAGGCCGUCGGCGCCUGACGUCGUAACACCGAAGGACGAGGCGCUACAAGAUGUGACAUUGAACGACCAAAACAUUGAAGUUGACUCUCCUAAAGAACCGGAGAGUGCACAGCCGAACGCCGCCCAGCCCGAACCUGAACAGGCACCACGAAUGGAGCCCGCGGAGCCUACCAAAUCGACCACCUCUUGGUUUGGGUUUUGGUAUUCAUCUACCGCGCCACCAACCCCCGACGACCCCGCGCAGACAGCCAUCGAAGCACCGUCAGCUCAAGAUCCCACCCCUAAAGAAACACAGGAUGUGGUGAUGGAGGAUGCGCCACCACCGAAGCGGACAGAAACGGGCAAGCCGGCCGCGAGUUCCACCUGGGCUUUUUGGUCUAGGGACACGGGCCAGAAAGACAGCGCAAAGGCGGCGACCGUCCCAGAGCCUGGCGAGCUGGCUAUCAUCGGCGACGGCUCAGAAGCACACCCGAGGCGCUCAACUAGCCUAGAGAUAAACGGAAAUGAUGUGCCUCCGAAGGAGACUUCGGUCAAAGCCCCGAAAGAGACGGCAGUUAAGGCCAAGAGGAGCAAGAGGGUACGGCCGCAGUCCAUGGAUAUAGACGAAGCGUUACCGAGACCAGAGACUCCCCAGUCAGACAUGUCUGCUAAAACUGCGCCUCUCAAGUCGACGACUGUUCCGGGCCCCGGCAGAUCCUCAACCCAGAACCUGCUUCUGCCGUCGUUUCGAAGCACCUAUCGGAUGAAGGACAAUCCGUCGAUAAUCAAGCAAAUCACCCAGCUACUGCUGCGUAUACAACAACCUCCCGGAAACCACGUAUUUCUCGUUAAAGAACCGCCAAGAAUCAAGAAAGCGGUUGCUAUAGGUAUACAUGGUCUUUUCCCGGCUGCGUAUCUACGCCCGAUGAUAGGGCAACCGACGGGAACCUCGAUCCGCUUCGCGAAUCAUUGUGCUGAAGCGAUCCGGAGGUGGGCGGACAGCCAUGGCUGUGGCGACUGCGAAAUCGAAAAGAUCGCUCUCGAGGGGGAGGGCAAGAUUGCGGAUAGAGUCGACAACCUCUGGAAACUACUGUUGAACUGGAUCGACCAUAUUCGUAGGGCUGAUCUCAUCGUUCUAGCCUGCCAUUCUCAGGGCGUCCCUGUCGGUUUGAUGCUGCUCGAAAAGUUGAUAAAUUUGGAAAUUAUCACGCGCUCUAGGGUUGGCGUUUGCGCUAUGGCCGGUGUAUCGCUAGGACCUUUCCCCGACUACAAGUCGGGCAUGGGCAUGUUGAUGGGCACCGCUGCCGAACUUUGGCAAUUCGCGGACCCCGAAAGUGAAAUCUCUAAAAGAUACCAGCAUGCACUCGAGGCUGUUAUUGGAUACGGUGCCCGUGUCACGUACAUUGGCAGUAUCGAUGAUCAGUUGGUUCCAAUGGAGUCGGCGAUCUACUCGCCUGCGUCACAUCCUUACAUCUGCAGGGCAGUAUUCAUUGAUGGGCGUAUCCACGCGCCCGACUUCAUCGCCCACCUCGUUGGGUUCGCGUUGAAACUUCGGAACCUGGGCAUCAGCGACCACGGGCUCAUCCGCGAGCUCUCUGUGCCACUGGCCGGGAGUCUCUAUUCCGGCGAGGGCCAUUCGAGGCUCUACGACGACGAGCAGGUGUACGACUUGGCGAUAUCGCAUGCGCUCGAGACGACCAACGUGUCGGGAGUGCCGUGUCGGGUUCAUAAGCAAGAACGAUUGGCAAACCCCAAUCCCUUCAUGUUGCCGUGGAUCAUGCGCGGGUUGCUGGAGGAGGAGUUUGUUCGGACGGAGUUGUACUCGGAGACGGUCGAGUUGCUGCAACAGUUUGACGAUUGGUCACCGACCACUAAGGCGCUCAAGGAUGUCAAAUAUAGGUUAGAGGCGGUUCGGUCGAAACUAUAGCACCACCAAAAGGGGGGGAGUAUUGUUAUGGCUUAGGAUUAGACGGGAAUUUGGCGACCUGUGGUUUUCUACGGGGCCGGGAUCGGGACCGGGUAAUUGGAUGCAUAUAUUAGGCGUUGCGUGGCCCUGACUUAGCACGAUGUGCAAUCAAUUCUACCUCAUGAGUACACGA